GGGGCGCGCAGGUGAGCGGAAGCUGUGGGGUCGGCGGCGGGCGCCGUCCAUCCCGAGGUGGAGACGGGAGGGAGUGAAUCCCAACCAGCUUCUAGUGCGGUACAGUGAACUGCGUGUGUUCCUUCUACUUGGGGACCAUGCAGAGAGCUUCACGUCUAAAGAGAGAGCUGAACUUGUUAGCCACAGAGCCACCCCCAGGCAUCACUUGCUGGCAAGAUAACGACCAAAUGGACGAUCUGCGAGCUCAAAUAUUAGGUGCGGCUGACACACCUUACGAAAAAGGUGUUUUCAAGCUGGAAGUUACCAUUCCCGAGAGGUACCCCUUUGAACCUCCUCAGAUCCGAUUUCUGACUCCCAUCUAUCAUCCAAACAUUGAUUCUGCCGGGAGGAUUUGUCUGGAUGUUCUCAAAUUGCCACCAAAGGGCGCCUGGAGACCAUCUCUCAACAUUGCAACUGUGUUGACUUCUAUUCAGCUGCUCAUGUCGGAACCCAACCCUGAUGACCCGCUCAUGGCAGACAUAUCCUCCGAAUUUAAAUACAAUAAGCCAGUCUUCCUCAAGAAUGCCAGGCAGUGGACAGAGAAGCAUGCAAGACAGAAGCAAGAGGCUGAUGAGGAGGAGAUGCCUGAUGAUCUGCCAGAGGCUGGUGACUCGGGAGUAUGCAACACAGCACAGAAAAGGAAAGCCAGGCCCCUGGGAAGCAUAGAAAAGAAGUUUUGCCCUGAUGCUUAGGGGCUUGUCCUGGUCAUAGUUAAAAUAUUCUUUGUUGAGAUGGUCUAAGUUGCCUAUCUUUCUUGAAUAUUUUUCUUUGUAUUUGAUGACAUUAUCACUUUUCAUAUCCUAUAAAACAGACCUUGUGUACUUAUGUAUUCUGUUCUACAUUGACUCUCGGGAGGGUAGUUUGUUUUAUUUAGCUUGUACAUACGUAUUUUGAAACCUUUUAAACCUGAAAAAUAAAUAACCACUUAAUGUUGA